GCUGCACUUAGAAACACCACUUCACUUCCUGUUAAUAUCACAACAGAGCCGAUACCCAGAAGCUAAUUCGUUUUAGCAGCUUUUGGUCCAUAAAUGUUGAUGUAGCAUAAAUACUGUCCUACAAUAAUGAUUCCUUACACUGUCAACAUCAAACUCGCGGCUCGGACGCUGACUGGCACUCUCAAUUUGCAGAAUAAAACCGCUGUCGAUUGGGGGUGGCAGGGCCUCAUAGCUCAGGGAUGUCACUCCAGUAUUCUCAUAAUCGAUCCAAAGACAGCCCAGACCAUCCAAGUGCUGGAAAGACACAAAGCAAAUGUGGUCAAGGUGAAAUGGUCCAGGGAAAAUUACUACCACAAUUUAAGCUCGCCCUACUGUCUGCGGCUGGCCUCGGGAGAUGCCUCGGGGAAGAUCAUAGUGUGGGAUGUGGUCAGCGGCACGGCCCACUGUGAGAUCCAGGAGCACUCCAAGCCCAUCCAGGACUUGGAGUGGUUGUGGAAUCAAGAUGCAUCUCGUGACCUCCUCUUGGCCGUCCACCCUCCCAACUACAUCGUUCUGUGGAAUGGAGACACAGGCACCAAGCUGUGGAAGAAGAGCUAUGCUGAGAACAUCCUCUCUUUUUCCUUUGACCCCUUUGACCCCUCCAACAUGGCGCUGCUGACCAGUGAAGGAAUAGUCUUUAUCACAGACUUCUCCCACUCCAAACCACCAGGCAGUGCUGGCAAAAAGGUCUACAUUGCCAGCCCUCAUGCAAGCCCAGCACACACUAAACCUGCACCUGCUGCUGCUCCAGCCCCGACCGGUGCCAAGAAGGCCCUUAACAAGGUCAAAGUGCUCAUCACCAAUGAAAAACCCACCGCGGAGGCGGUGACGUUGAAUGACUGUCUGCAGCUGUCCUACCUGCCAUCCAAGAGGAACCACAUGCUGCUGCUUUAUCCCAGAGAGAUUUUAAUCCUGGACUUGGAGCUCAGCCAGACAGUGGGUGUGGUGGCCAUCGAGCGCUCCGGUGUUCCCUUCAUUCAGGUGAUUCCCUGCGCUCAGCGGGAUGCCCUCUACUGUCUCCAUGAGAAUGGUUGUAUCACUCUCCGAGUGUGUCGCUCCACUGCCGCUCCAGAAGAAGCAGCAGACCCAGAACAGAGUGUUCAGGAGCUUGUGUAUGACCUGCGUUCUCAGUGUGACGCAAUCCGAGUCACCAAGACAGUCCGACCGUAUCGCAUGGUUAUAUGUCCCGUCAACGAAAACAACGCUGCUCUCAUGGUCAGCGAUGGCAGAGUCAUGCUGUGGGAGCUCAAAGCCUACACCGGGAGGGCUGCUGCCAAUCCUAAUUCGGGCCUGUCGCCUCUGUACUCUCCCGUGUCGUUUUGUGGAGCUCCGCUGGGCCCAAACCAGAAAAGGAUUCAGGAUCUCUCUCUCAACAGCAUGAUUGGUCAGACCUUGAUAGCUGGUGAGACUCCUCCUCCAUCAUCCAAUCAGCAGGAGGUGCAGUUGAAGUUCCUGCUGACUGGCCUGCUGUCUGGUCUGCCGCUGCCACCAUUUGCCCUCCGCAUGUGUCCACCGCUUACCACCAAAAACAUCAACCAUUACCAGCCCCUCCUGGCUGUAGGCACCAGCAAUGGGUCUGUAUUGGUCUAUAACCUGACCAGCGGUCUUCUCCACAAGGAGCUCAGUGUUCACUCUUGUGAAGUCAGGGGGAUUGAAUGGGUGAGCCUUACCAGUUUUCUGUCUUUUGCCACUUCUGCUCCCAACAACAUGGGCCUGGUGCGAAAUGAACUGCAGCAUGUCGACCUUCCUACUGGCCGAUGCUUUGCAUUCAGAGGUGAGCGAGGAAAUGAUGAGCCACCCAUUGAGAUGAUUAAAGUGUCUCAUCUCAAACAGUAUCUGGUGGUCGUGUUCAGAGACAAACCAUUGGAGCUGUGGGACAUCAGGACUGGGACACUUCUCAGAGAGAUGGCUAAGAACUUCCCCACUGUUACUGCACUGGAGUGGUCCCCAUCUCACAACCUGAAGAGCCUAAAAAAGAAGCAGAUGGCAGCGAGGGAGGCCAUGGCUCGGCAGACGGUGUCAGAUGCAGAGCAGAGCAGCGUUGAAUCCUCAGUCAUCAGUCUCCUGCAGGAUGCUGAGAGCAAGUCAGAGACCAGCCAGGCCAUCUCAGCCCGGGAGCAUUUUGUAUUCACUGACACCGACGGCCAAGUCUACCACAUCACCGUGGAGGGCAACACAGUCAAAGAUGGUGCACGCAUUCCCCCUGAUGGCAGUAUGGGUAGUAUUGCCUGCAUUGCCUGGAAAGGUGACACGUUGGUGCUUGGAGAUGUGGACGGCAAUCUCAACUUCUGGGACCUCAAAGCUCGUUUGUCAAGGGGAAUACCGACACAUCGUGGCUGGGUGAAGAAGAUUCGCUUCGCGCCUGGAAAAGGCAACCAAAAGCUGCUGGUCAUGUACACAGAUGGAGCAGAGGUCUGGGACACCAAAGAGGUCCAAAUGGUCAGCAGCAUGCGGAUUGGUCGCAAUGUUAACUACCGUAUCUUAGACAUUGACUGGUGCACAUCAGACAAGGUUGUGCUAGCAUCAGAUGAUGGCUGUAUCCGAGUGUUGGAGAUGGCCAUGAAGUCAGCCAGCUACCGCAUGGAUGAACAAGACCUCACCGAUCCAGUGUGGUGCCCCUACCUGCUGUUGCCCCGAGCUGCUCUCACUCUCAAGGCUUUCCUUCUGUUACAGCCAUGGUCAGGAACCUUUACUAUGGACAUCACUCAAGUAGACUACAAUGAGAAAGUCGAGAUAAAAGGACUGAUCCAGGAGCAGCUCAACUCAUUGUCGAAUGACAUGAAGAGUGUGCUACAGGACCCAGAGCUCAGUCUGCUGCAGCGCUGCCUCCUGGUCUCACGGCUGUUCGGGGAUGAGUCAGAUCUCAACUUCUGGACAGUGGCGUCCCACUACCUCCAGUCGUUUGCACAGGCUCGCCAGCUGAGCGUGUCCACCGCAGAGGGUCAGGCACAAAAUGACGGAACCCAGCCAUCGCCUCAGAACCACCUGGACAUCUGCCAUGACGUCCUGUGUGAGAGCUCUUACUUUCAGAAGUUCCAGUUGGAUCGGGUUCACCUGCAGGAAGUAAAGCGCUCCAGUUAUGAACACACCAAGAAGUGUGCUGACCAACUCCUCCUGCUGGGCCAGACGGACAGGGCAGUGCAGUUAUUACUGGAGACGAGCGCAGACAACUCCAGCUACUACUGUGAUUCACUCAAGGCCUGCCUGGUGACCACCAUCACCUCAUCAGGCCCCUCACAGUCUACAAUCAAACUUGUGGCCACUAACAUGAUCGCUAAUGGCAAGCUUGCAGAGGGAGUACAGCUGCUAUGUUUGAUUGACAAGGCAGCGGAUGCUUGCCGCUACUUGCAGACCUACGGGGAGUGGAAUCGAGCAGCAUGGCUGGCAAAGGUGCGUCUGAACCCAGCAGAGAGCUCAGAUGUGCUGAAGCGUUGGGCAGAACACCUGUGCUCCCCACAGGUCAACCAGAAAUCCAAAGCCAUCCUGGUGCUGCUUUCCUUGGGCUGCUUUUACAAAGUAGGAGAGAUGCUCCACAGUAUGAGGCACUUUGAUCGGGCCGCGCUCUUCAUCGAAGCCUGUCUGAAGUAUGGGGUGAUGGAGGCCAACGACUCUUCCAAUAAACUUAUCGAGGCUGCGUUUUUGGACUAUGCGCGGCUGCUGCGCUCGCUGGGCCUGCGGGAGGGCGCCGCUCUGUGGGCAUCGCGGGCCGGCAGCGCUGGGGAGCAGCUGAUGGAGGAGCUGUUCCAAGGAGAGGGAGUCACCCCCGAGGCCAUUCCUGCCGAAGAGGAGGUGGAAACGGAUGAGAAGAGCACCGAGUGACCUCGAAGAUGGCAGGUUUUGAAGAGAAUGGACGACCCGCUCUCUGGUGUAAAUCAAAGGUCAGCCAUUCAGCUUCAGUAACUUGACCAUUAUGAAUGAACUGUUGGAAUCCAGGAGAAUCAUGAGGAUCAUCUCCACAACCAGAGAAGAGAGGAGAUUACUCCGUGUGAAGUUGUCAGUGUGUCAUUGGAGAUUGCCUGUGUUUGUGACUAUGAGAUUGACAUUUCUUAAUGUUUGGUAGGACCGGUGUGUGUUUGUGCUCAUUUGUAUGCAUGUAACAGCCCCCAAAAAACACACUUUAUUUCCUCAUUCCCCCAACAAGUGAAGAAAUACACAUUGCUGUUACCACCUCAAUAUCAGUCUUUUUUUUUCCCUUGGGUUGGUUAAUGAAUUUAAAUCAUUAGAUUUUUUUCCGCACUGUUUUUGUUCAGCCUUAUUUCAUGUGCCUGCAUUCAUAAUUUCACUGGUGUCGUAGCGCUACAGAUUUAAUUCGCCUUUUUGUUGCUGAGAUGAAAUGCGGCAGAAUGUUUCAUUAUGAAAAUGCACUGUCAUUACAGCAGACCUCUGUGACUACUCCAUGACUGAAUUCCAAAAUUUGUUUUUUUGCACUUAUGAUUUAACCAAAAGGACUGCAAAAAUUGGAAUGAGAACCUGUGUGACCAUCCGUGUAACUGAGACAUAACACUGAUUUCGGCUUGGCUUUUCAUCCUCAGCAGGUGGUGUUUCAUAAGCGAUUGACCAAAGCCUGCUACUAGUCAAGCCUCUGUAAUUGUUGGAUGGCAGUAAAAUUAUAUAGCCAGGCCGCCCUGCACUUAUUAGACACUUAAUAGUCUAUUAUCUCACUACACACAGAGGGGAGAAGAGUCUGACCGCUGCCACCUGAGUGAUACCAUUUAAUUAGCUUAUGUAGGGAGUCGGGUUCAGUCAAAUAGAUAGCGGUUGUUCAUAAAUCCAUUCCAUUCAUCUAAAUGGAAUUUUUAAUUUUCUAUUUUUAUGAAGACUUGAGAGGAUUCCUUGCUGUCUGUAUACUUUGAUGUUUGUAUAAAAAAAAGUUAUUCUCUAGUGUGUGUGUGUAUUACAAGAAUUACAUUUUGAAGAGCUGUCAAAAUGUGUUGUAACUCAUUUUAAUCAGACCUCCGACGGAUCAUUCACACACAAACAUUCUGUGCUGCUGCCACUGUUGCUCAUCACAAUCAAAACCUGACACUGAAAUGAUUUGCUGCCACCUCUCCUUCGCUCUGCUUUCCCCUCCUUUUUCUGCAUCUCAUCAUCAGAAUCCUCUGUAUGACAAUGAACAAACUUCAGUGAUUGUGCGUUUAAUUGCCUUGUAGCGUGUGUAGUUGUCCUGAAAUGGCACAGUAACUCCAUCUAUGGGACUUUUUAGUGUGCUGUUGUGUUUCAUGCACACAUCAGUGCUGUUUCUCUUUCGUGUUAACCACUGGUAGUGUCACUAUGGCAACCCAGGCCUAUUUUAGGGGACUACAUGUUGUUCCUGUGGAUCCGUUUCACAUAUUCCCACCGUCAUACUGUAGGAUCUCAUAGAGACCCAGCAUGGAGUCGCACAACCCAGCAGAAGAUCAGCUGUAGUUCACCUGAUGCUGUGUAUCCUCAUUUACUCUUGUCAGUAUUGUGGAAGCAACAUGUCCUAAACUGCCUCUUCAUCAUUAGGCACUAGAUUGAUUAACAUUUGCUGCUUUUCUUUAUACUUACGUGAAUUUUACAAAAUAAUGCUGUGCAGAAAUCCUGGCAUGCAUAUGAGAGACAUGUCUUUAGCAGUAUGUUUUGUAAGAGGAUUUAAAAAGUCAUUGUAAUGGUGUUAAAGUUUAGCUUUUUUCCAUUGUUCUUUGUUUACACAGUGAUCAUAAUGCUUUAAGCUAUAUAAAUAUUACAAGAGAAGGAAGAUUUAUGUAUAUAUAGAUGGCAAUAAAAUCAAUAUUACCUUCA